AUGAAUUUUUUGGGAGAUGAAACCAAAGAUACAGCAUCAGGAAGAUUCUUCAUCAGAACAUCAGGUCUUCUGAGGAACCACUACAAAGGGAGGAGAAGACACAUGAUAGAGACCAGAAGAGUGGAACAUCUUCUACAGCAUUCAGGGGGCUGGGACCCAGCACAAGGAAAUGACAUCAUAGACACCAGAAAACUGGUUCUCGACAAAAAGACUCUGGCAAAUGUCAAGUCAUCGGACAGAAAAGAAAUGAUAAUGAGACAGAUUUUAAUAAAGGCACCUGACUAUCCACCUGGAAGAAAACAGGUUUACUGCCAUCUUGGAUACUUUCUUCUGGGAAUG